CAAAGAGGGGAGGCGCUUAGUGAGGAAACAGGUGUGUGUGCUGACAGAGAUGAUGUCAUUUCGUGUCUGAGUCACCUGGGAGACGGCUGGCUGUACAGAGAGAAGCGUGAACAGAGAUAAAAAAGGAGGAGGUGCUUCAUCACUGCUGUUUGUCCCCCGAGGAAGAGGAGUAUAAGGAGAAAGAGGAGGAGGAGGAGAACGAGGCAUUUGACUACUGCUGCUUAUCAAGAUCCUUCCUGAUCCUGUGAGGAUGAGUUGCAGUCACGGCUCAGCUGCACGUGUUGGCGUCUGAAAGCAGGGAAAAGGUCAUCGUACCUGCAGCACGCCGAGGAACUGAUCCUGGAAACACUCUGAGGAUAAAGCACCUUCUGGAAUAUUAACCACUGACAUUUCACACUGAGGAUAAUUAUAAUUUUCCCAAUUUACAACAGAGGACUGGAGCUGUAACCUGCGAUACUGCGGAUUAGUUAAAGCCUACAUUUUUACCUGAGGAAUUAAUUCGUAUUUUUGGAUCUUUUUCCCUGGGAGUCUGCAUCAUAUUUUAAACUGUCCUCUCCACGGUUGGAGGAAAUGGCGACACGAGAACCGACAGCAGGAAGUUGACUCCUGCAGGGAGCGAGGCCGAGAGAAGAGCGUGAAGUAGAAGAGAGAGCAGGGAAAAUGUCGUGGAAGAGGAACUAUUUUGCGUCUGGUGGAGGCGGUGGAAGUGGAGUUAGUGCCGCUGGUGUUGGAGGUGUUACCGGUGGUGGGAUGCAGGGGAUGCAGACGCCUCGCAGCAUGACGUCCAUCGCUCCCAGUAAAGGGCUGAGCAACGAACCAGGACAGAACAGCUGCUUCCUGAACAGCGCCCUACAGGUUCUGUGGCACCUCGAUAUCUUCAGACGUAGUUUCCGUCAGCUCACCACUCACAAGUGCAUGGAAGACUCGUGCAUUUUCUGCGCUCUGAAGAGCAUCUUUGCCCAGUUUCAGUACAGCAGCGAGAAAGUGUUACCGUCGGACGCUCUUCGCAGUGCGCUUGCCAAGACCUUCCAGGACGAGCAGAGGUUUCAGCUGGGCAUCAUGGACGACGCUGCAGAGUGCUUUGAGAACAUCUUGAUGAGGAUUCACUUCCACAUCUCAGACGAGACAAAAGAAGACAUCUGCACCGCCCGACACUGCAUCCCCCACCAGAAGUUUGCCAUGACGCUUUAUGAACAGUGUGUGUGCAGCAACUGUGGAGCGUCUUCAGAUCCUCUGCCCUUCAUUCAGAUGGUCCACUACAUCUCCACCACCUCCCUGUGUAACCAGGCAGUGAAGAUGUUGGAGUCGAGGGAGAAAGCGACUCCCGGUAUGUUUGGGGAGCUGCUGCGUAACGCCAGCAUGGGAGACCUGCGCAGCUGUCCUAGUGCAUGUGGCCAGCAGCUCCGGAUUGCCCGGGUUCUCCUCAACAGUCCGGAGAUCAUCACCAUCGGCCUGGUUUGGGACUCGGAGCAGUCUGACCUGGCCGAGGAUGUUAUCCACACCCUGGGGACCUGCCUGCACCUCGGAGAUUUGUUUUACCGGGUGACGGAGGAGAAGGCCCGUCAGUCGGAGCUCUACCUGGUCGGCAUGGUGUGCUACUACGGGAAACAUUACUCCACCUUCUUCUUCCAGACCAAGAUCCGCCGAUGGAUGUACUUUGAUGAUGCACACGUCAAGGAGAUUGGCCCCAAGUGGAAGGACGUGGUUUCCCGCUGCAUUAAGGGCCACUACCAGCCCCUGCUUCUGCUGUACGCCGACCCGCGGGGCACGCCGGUGUCCGUCCAGGAUCUUCCCUCGCGCCUCGACCUCCGCCACCUCAACAAGGCCGGCUACGACAGCGAGGACUCGGGCCGUGAGCAGUCGAUCUCCAGCGACACUCGAACCGACUCGUCGACUGAGAGCUAUUCGUGUCGACAGCCCUCCGUCUCGCACCAUGAGUCCCUGGUCUCUCACUUCUCCUCCGACUCCCAGGGAACCAUCAUCGAGAGCCCCCCACCCGGACCCCUGCACGCCUCGCUCUGCAGCCUGGAGACCCUAGGCCCCGUGGCGGACAGCGAGCAGCACCAGUCUCUGAGGAAGGGAGGCGGGGCCGGGGAUAGGAGGCGGAGCUCUAGCCGCCACCGUCGAUCUAAACCCGACAACGAAGCCUCGUCGGCCGGGUACCACAGCGAGGGAGAGACAUUAAAGGAGCAACAGGCUCCUCGUCCCCCCCCCAAAACUUCCUCCUCCUUCUCCUCCUCCACCAGUCGCCUCCGAGAAUUCAAGGAGACGAUGAGCAACAUCAUCCACAGCCGCCCCCUCUCCUCCUCGUCCUCUUCCUCUUUACCAGCCACCAUCGCCUCGUCCUCCUCCUCCUCCUCCUCCUCUAACAACCACCCCCCAGCCCCCUGCUCCUCAACCAACCCCUGGGAGUCCGAUGGCUCCGGAGGGUCGGGGAGGUGGAGGCCCCGCAGGGAGGCGCUAAACAUCGACAGCAUCUUCAACCGUGAGAGGCGCAGGCAGGCAGGGUAUAGUCCGCUGGGAGCCCCCCUGCCCGACUCUGGAGCUCCAGUGGAGGAGGAAGGGAGGAAGGCAAGGACUCUCCCCCACUCCGUCUCAAACUUCCACAGAGGAGGCGCAGAAGGACUUCCUCCUCCUCCCCCUCCUCCUCCCCCGAGACUGAUCCAGAGGAUGGAGAGCGGCUAUGAAAGCAGUGAGAGGAACAGCAGCAGCCCCGUCAGCCUGGACCUCCACCUGGGAGACCGGGAGUGUGCCAUGAAGAAGCCUCCCUCCUCUUCCUCCUCCUCUUCAGGACCGUCAUGGAAGAACAUCCGGUCAAAGAGCAGUGGAGCUCUGCUGCAGGAGCACACCUCCUCCGCCAGGGGGAGCCUCGCAGCGCCCCCUGCAGGCCGCAGUGAGCUGGACGAGCUACAGGAGGAGGUGCAGAGGAGAGCCAGGGAGGAGGAUCAGCAGCGGAAGCAGGAGAAAGAGAAGGAGGCGGCGCUCGGAUUCAACCCCAGACCCAGCAAGUACCUGGACCUGGACCAACUGCAGAUCCAGGGUAAAGGUGAUUUUGUUGAGAGGUGUGUGUCGGAGGCGGAGCUUCUGCUGGAUCAGACGGUGCGUCUGGAGCAGGCGGGCGAGGUUGCUGCAGCGCUGACGGCCGUCAACGAGGCCGUCUCCAAACUGCAGCUGGCGGCGUCUGAUGCCGGAGCAAGUAGCCACAGCCGGCUGCAGCGCUGCAUGAGGAGAGGGCGCAGCAUGCAGCAGCGCAUACAGCAGCAGCAGCAGCAGCAGGAGAAGGAACCGCCCAGUGAAAAGCCUCUCCCGCUCCAAAUACUUCUAACCGAAAGCGACCAAUCAGCUGCCAGUCUGGACCAACCGGCCCCGCCUCCCUGCCUUGUUAAGCCCCUUCCCCCGAAGCAGAGUCCGAUGUCGGACCCUGCCUCCAUCACUACAUCCACGGAGGAACGAGGGACUGGAGGCCCCUGCUCUCUCUUUCGGAAAUCCCUCUCCAACACCGGAUCUGUCCACCUGGGAGAUGUGGCUCCACCCCCUCAACCUGAGGAGGUGGAGCUUCCCGCCCAGUGGACUCCAGCACAGGCCUUUCCCCCUUCACCUGGUGGUACCCACGAAAGGUGUCUGAUAAUGUCGGCCCAAUUUAAUCCCCAGGCCGUGCCCCAUGUUCCCCCACCCUCCCUACCCACCAGGAGCUGGUCCUGCUUACCCCCCUCUGAUGUCAUAGAUUCUCCCCCAAUCAGCUCGUCCCUUUACUUGCCACCAGACUCCCCCUCCAACGUCCCCCCACCUCCCCCCAGCCAGGACUACAGAGCGGCCCUGCCUGUGGAGCGAUGGGCGGAGAACGUUAAUAGAUACUACGGCUCCCAGAAUGCAUUAGGUGGAAGAGCCGGAGACGAGGAGCUGUCGGAGCUGGACUCGCUGUACCAGGCCAGUCUGAUGGCUCCCAGCAUGCACCGGGGCAGCAGAGGACUCAGCCCUCAGCCAACCAACAACCAGUCAGGUGUGAGGAGAAUGCUGUCAGGAUCAGGACGAUCCAAAACACCGACAGCUGAGAUUGAGAAAUACGCCUACAGAUCCCCAGCUGCAACUCAUAAGCCGGCAGGUGAAGACGAAAGCUACAGCGCAUCGAACCUGCGGCGCAUCGCACGCAGCCUGAGUGGCACCGUCAUCGGGUCACGACCCCAAAACAGCUGCGAGCCCUCUGUGUCCAGGCCGACCCUCAGACACUCCUCCUCUUCCUCUUCCCUCCCUCGCCGCCCCAGUACCUCCUCCCUGCACACUCCCUCCUCCUCCUUCACUACAGAUCCCUCCUUCUACCACCACCACCUCCUCCAACACCACCAUCACCCCCGACACAUCGACCCCUCAGCUCCUGCACCUCCUCCACAGCACCCCUCCCUGCAGACAUCACGGCCCCCCAGCUCGGGCCCCUCCUCCUGGGGACACACAGGUGGCGGCCUCCCCCUCCAGCAGCAGUUUCUGGCUGUGUCUGACGGGCGUCCGGCUCUCUCAGGUCAAAUCCUCCACGGCAGCGCGCUGAGUUACGGCACGCUGCCCCGCGCUCCUCGCCGAGCGCCUCCUCCCUCCUCCUGCACCUCCACCCUCCCCAGACCCAGACCCAACCCUGCAGCCCCCCCGACUCUCUAUGCCACCCUGUCCCGCCCCCACCGCUCAACCCCUCCCACCAACGGUCACCCCCGGCAGCUGUCCAACGGGAGCUCCGCCCCCGCCCAGCCACUGCGUCUGGACGUGCCCCCCGACACCGACUGGCGCCGUGAACCCGACUACCGGACUGCCAGCUCCUCCUGGGACCCCCGCACUGCCCGACACCACCUACCCCUCCCAGCCCAGCCCCGCAGGGCCCCGACACUCUGUUCGCUUUGUCAGCAGUUUCCUGCAGAGCCGCCACGCCCCUACUGCCUGUCAUGCGGCGCCUACGUUGCUCGUUUUCGCCCCACCAGGUGAUCUGGAAACCCCCCCCACACACUCCAACAAAAUGUCUAUUCAACAUAACCUGGAAGAUUGCUUCUCCCUGGUUCCGUCGACCAAAAGCAAAUGGGAUUUUUCUAUUGGUUUUUAUGUUAUUGCAGAAAAUAAUAUCUGUGGCAAAGACUACGACACCACGGUGACAUGACUUCACGUUACCACCGCUAAGCUACAGGUGGCUAAUGUUUGGCCUGAUGACGUUUAGUCGUCUCAUUUAAACACUUGUUAGCAACCGCUGUGUUUAAAUUAGUAACCACAGAAACCUUAUUUUUAACCUUUUCAAAAAUCCCAUUUUCUUCGAGACGAGGGAACCAGAUGUGAAGAAAGUCUAACAGAUUUCCAGGUUUUAGGACUCAUUCCUGCAGAACUAACAUCUUUACUUUUAAAAUGUGCCAACGUUUCUUUAAACCCAUCGCUGCCCAAAAUCCUCAGAGCAGAAAUCUGCCACAAACUUGUCACGACUACUUCAGUGUAGUUUCCCCCUGCUCACCAAACCCCAGACAUUUCUCUGCACGUUUUAUUCCUUACAAGGCCACGAAGUGAACGAUAUUACUCGGACUAAUCUCCUAAACACAGAAUAAGAAUGUCUGCUGGAUUCAAGCACAUUUAGAUUUGUACUCAAGAGAAAGCACCGUGAUACAAACCAGGAGGACGAGGAGAGGCGACGCAGCUGCUGUCUGAUAAUGGUUGAUCAAAAUAUGACAAAAAAACGGACACGUCUUUAUUCAAAAACAGGAGAGGAACUCAUCUGCUGGUACUCGGCCUAUAGCAGUUUAUAGCAGCAACUAUUUUUGUACUUAAUCUUAAAUUAUUUUAUUCAAGUAGGUGAUUUUUUUUAAUGGAGAUUAAAGAUUAAACAUUAACAUUUUUUUAUAAUCUAUAAGAAAUUGUUAAGUUAGAAGAGAAAAACUUUGAUAUUCUGUGGAUUUAAAAUGGUAGAAAAACAAUAUCAUCAAGUCGUACAUUGACCCUCUUUCUGAGUUUAUUCUAUUAAAUUAAUGCAUUUGUUUACAGAUUAUAUGGAAUUUGUUUCCUGAACAUUUAUAACUUUAAAACAUAUUUUUUCUAACAAAUUUAAUUUCCUAAAUAUUCAUCAAAUAUUAUAAUUUUUUCUCACAAAUUAAUUGUAUUUUCUCCUACACUCGGUUACUACUUAGAGAAUGUUCUGUCAAUAUUUUCCAACAAUUGAUCACUUUAAUCUCAGAAUAUAAAUGUUUUUAUCGUGUUUUUUUUAAUCUAAAAAUGUACAACGUUAAUCUUUGAAUAGUAUUUUUUCCCCAGAAUCUUACCCCCCCCCUCCCGCGUGAUUUUUUUUUAAAACCUAAAAUGCCCCUAAAUCAUGAUCAUAAACAGCCGGCAGUAUGAGGGUAAAAACAGUAUGAGGUGAAUAAGGAUGUGUCUGUUUCUGUCAUAUUCUGAGGACAGGAAGUAGAAGAGCUGCGUCUCUACCUGCCGUUUGUGUCUCAGAAAUAUAAAUCUACUCUACCUAUAUUCCUCUAUUUAUUUUUGUAGGCUUGUGAGACUGAGUUGUGCAUAGAUGAAAGUAUUCUACUUGAAUAUACUCUCCUACUAUAAUCUAAUUUUCUAAAGGUAGUCGCCUUCUUAUACUGUACCUGAGGCUGUUAGAGAUUAAUCAACUAAAAGCUUUUAUUUUGACAGCUAAUAUUUAGCAUGAUGUAUUAUUAUAGCCUUGAGAGACUUUGGUGUACAUUCAUUGUAACGACGAUAUAUGCAGAUCUUUUUUUAGUUUAUCUCUAACUUAGUGCACUUCAGAAGUGACGGUAGAUUUGUUUCACUGCUUGUUGCUGUUUAUGUUGUUCAGGGGAGUCGCUCCUCGUUUAUGUGUCUGAGAUCGUUUUUGUGCUCAGUGAACUUUAAAUCUGUUUCAUAGAUUGACGAAGGAACACUAGGAUGCUGUUGUAGUAACUUCUUUACAUCUAACCCCACCCGCCUGGUGCUCCAGGUUAGCUUGAACAAACGCACCCCAAGUCAAACAUUCUUUCCUGUCAUUCUGCAGAUUACUUAAAAUAUUAAUAUUUGCAAAAGAACCAAACUAAUUAUUAAUUGGUUAACUGAAUGAUGGAUAAAUAUUUUCUAAAUAAAGUCAGACUUCAUCAGUUCAUCUAAAUUAAAUACGGAAGUUAUUUUUUCACCAUGUUUUAAAGGUUUUUUUUGUGGCUUUUCCUUUUGCUUUGCCAGAUUCUAUUUUGUUUUUUUGGUAUAUUUUUGAUGCUUAUUUUUCUACACUGUAGAAGUAACAGAGAUGAUUAAAAUGUUUGAAAAUCAA